CACAGAUUGAACCGAGAUGUCACCCUGCAGGGAGAAGUGACCAUCCCGCGCCAGGGCGGAAAAGCAAUUUCAUUUCAAUAUAGAUGACCAUGCAACCUGCAAUUCAAGUGUGGUUUGGAGAAGACCUGCCUCUAAGUCCACGGAGUCCUCUGACCCCCAGACACGGGCCAGGUUUGGCUGAUGUUUGUCAGUAUGAUGAGUGGAUAGCUGUGAGGCAUAAAGCCAACCUGUUGCCCAUGCAAGAAGAUCUGUCAAUCUGGCUAUCUGGUUUAUUAGGUACUGAAGUUAAGGCAGAAAGAUUAUUGGAAGAACUUGAUAAUGGAGUACUAUUAUGCCAACUGAUUGAUGUUCUUCAAAACAUGGUAAAAGCUUGUGACUCUGAAGAACCCAGGAAUUUUCCAAUGAGAAAAGUGCCCUGUAAGAAGGACGCUGCCUCAGGUUCAUUCUUUGCUAGAGACAAUACUGCAAACUUCCUUCACUGGUGCAGGCACAUUGGGGUUGAUGAGACUUACCUCUUUGAAUCUGAAGGUUUAGGGAAACCAUCCACCAGCAUUGUGACUCCAGAAGCUACUAAAGAGACAGGAUUGAAGGAACUUGGCUACUCCCCGGACGCAGGUGCUGACCCGAGAGCACCGCCCAGUAAACAUGAUGCAAUCAAAUCUCCACCUCAGGGUCGAUUUCCCUGGGGAACUUGA